ACAAAGUUGGGAGAUUGACAGGAACCUACAGUAGCCAUGGACGACCUCUAUGAUGAGUUCGGUAACUUUAUCGGCGAAGCUGUCUCGGACGAUGAUGGCACGCAGGAAGGCGACGCCGGUCAAAAUUAUGUCUACGACGAAGAUUCAGACGACGAGCAACAGCCUCAGGAUGAUCAGCAGAUGGAUGUAGACGACGAUGGCCCUUCAAAUGCAGUCAUCCUCCAUGAAGACAAACAGUACUACCCUACGGCCCAACAAGUCUACGGCGAAGAUGUCGAAACCAUGGUCCAAGAGGAGGAUGCGCAGCCAUUGUCACAGCCUAUCAUUGCCCCCGUUACCCAGAAAAAGUUUCAGGUUCAAGAAGCAGACCUGCCGCAGGUCUACUAUUCCAGAGACUUCAUGACCGACCUGUUGAGUUUCCCCGAGGGUAUUCGAAAUAUCGCUGUUGCAGGACAUUUACAUCAUGGCAAGACUGCUUUUGUAGACAUGCUGGUUAUGCAGACACACGACCUGCAAGAAAGACUCGACAAGAGGAUCGGAAGACGUCGAGAUGAACAGCUUCGAUAUACAGACACCCACUUUCUCGAGCGCGAGCGAGGCGUCUCAAUAAAGGCCGCGCCCAUCUCUCUCGUCAUGCAGGGCACUCGGGGAAAGUCGCAUCUACUCAACGUCAUUGACACCCCUGGUCAUGUCAAUUUUGUGGACGAGGUCGCGUCAAGUAUGAGACUUGCAGAUGGUGUAGUCCUCGUCGUGGACGUGGUUGAAGGCGUCCAGAUCAACACCGAGCAAGUCAUCAAACAUGCCGUUUUGGAAGAUCUACCUCUUGUUUUGGUCAUCAACAAGAUGGAUCGUUUGAUCCUCGAGCUCAAAAUCCCUCCCACAGACGCAUAUUUCAAGCUGAAGCACGUGGUUGAAGAGGUCAAUACCAUUAUUGAAAACACCAUCCCAGGUCAAGGAGAGAAGCGAAGACUGUCGCCAGAAAAAGGCAACGUCGCCUUUGCGUGUACCUCGAUGCAGUGGGUCUUUACCCUUCCAUCUUUUGCCCGGAUGUAUGCAGAGACGUACCCCAAGGUCGAUGCUUCAGAAUUCUCAAAGAGACUUUGGGGUGACAUCUUCUUCAACCCUUCCAGCCGCAAGUUCACCAGGAAAGCCGUGGAAGAGGGGGCGAAACGUGCUUUUGUCAAUUUUGUGCUGGAGCCCAUCUACAAACUGUACUCGCACACCAUCAGCGAGAGCCCGGAAGACCUCCAGGCCACAUUGAAAACUCUCGGCAUCAAUUUGAAGCCUUCACAGCUCAAGUCCGACGCCAAGGUCCUGUUAGAACUUGUGUGUGCACAAUUCUUCGGGCCUGCAGCAGGAUUUGUUGACAUGGCUGUACAACACCUUCCGUCGCCUGUCGAAGGUGCUAAACGUGCAUUUGACAACUACUAUACAGGACCUUUAGAGUCUGACGUGGGCAAAGCCAUCUCCACUUGCGACUCGGAAGGACCGCUGGUCGUACACAUCACCAAGCUCUUCAGUUCGGUGGAUGCAAAAACGUUUGAUGCUUUUGGUCGUGUAAUGUCUGGAACUGUGGCGCCAGAUCAGAGAGUUCGAGUUCUUGGUGAAUCAUACAGUGCAGAAGACGAGGAAGACUCAACCAUGGCAGUGAUCAGUGGAACUUUCCUUGGCUGCUCUCGAUACAACAUCCCAGUAUCUGGGGUCCCUGCCGGAAACCUGGUCCUUCUCUCUGGCAUUGAUAAUUCUAUCAUCAAGACUGCCACAGUUAUAGCGGAGAAAUUCCCAAACAACGAAGAAGCAUUCAUCUUCCGCCCUAUCCGACAUUUCACUGAGUCGGUUUUCAAGGUGGCCGUCGAGCCCAUCAAUCCUUCAGAACUCCCCAAGAUGCUCGAGGGCCUUCGCAAGAUCAACAAAUCAUAUCCUCUGAUUACCACCAAAGUUGAAGAGUCAGGGGAGCACGUCGUUCUUGGCACUGGAGAGUUGUAUAUGGACUGCGUGUUGCACGAUCUACGAACACUCUAUGCAGAAAUGGACAUCAAGGUUUCCGACCCUGUCACGCGGUUCUGCGAGACGGUGACCGAGACCAGCGCCAUCAUGUGCUAUGCAUUGACUCCCAACAAGAAGAACAAAUUGACCAUGAUCGCGGAGCCACUUGACGAUGGUAUUGCUGAGGACAUUGAAGCUGGUACAAUCAAAAUUCGCGAACCGAUUAGAAAGGUUGCCAAGUUCUUUGAGGAAAAAUAUGAGUGGGACAAGCUCGCAGCUCGGUCAAUUUGGGCAUUUGGUCCCGAGGAAAUGGGCCCGAAUAUUCUGUGUGACGACACAUUACCUUCGACCACGGACAAGAAACUUUUGAAGUCAGUGCAAGAAAGCAUCAAACAAGGCUUCUCUUGGGGCACGAGAGAAGGCCCCUUGUGCGAAGAACCUAUUCGGAACACGAAAUUCCGAGUAACUGGUGCUGAGCUUGCGACGGAGCCCAUUUACCGAGGUGGGGGUCAAAUCAUUCCUACCUCCCGACGAGCCGUCUACAGUUCGUUCCUCAUGGCUGGACCGCGGUUGAUGGAGCCUGUGUACAGCGUUCACAUGACUGGACCAGCAGACUCAAUUUCAGGGCUGUAUACGGUGCUCAUGAAACGACGAGGGCAUGUUGUGUCUGAUGGGCCUGUUGCUGGCACGCCUCUUUAUGCAGCCAAAGCCCUCCUUCCCGUCAUUGAUAGCUUCGGCUUUGAGACUGAUCUGAGGAUACACAGCCAGGGUUCUGCCAGCGUGUCUUUGGUCUUUGACCGUUGGGACGUGGUUCCUGGCGAUCCACUGGACAAGAGUAUUGUGAUCCGGAAACUGGAGAUGGCUGGACCACAACAGGCAGCGCGUGAUUUCGUCUUGAAGACGAGACGUAGGAAGGGCUUGAGCGAAGAUGUCGAUGUGAAGAGAUUUUUAGAGCCAGAAUUGCUUGCGGGUUUGAGAGAAAGUGGUGUUCUCGACUGAUGUACCAAUACUAUGAUAGACGUCUAGUCAGAAAUGAGUACCAAUGAUAGUUCGGCUA